AUGUCGACGCUGCCGAUUUCCGGAAGGUCAGUAUCUGGCAACUUCUGUUACAAGACGGCCCGGGACAAAACUGAGAAGAAUCGGAGAAGGGAAGAGCAGUCAGAGAGAGAAAGAGCAGCAGCAGAAGCCGAGAGGAAACGAAGAGAGGAUGAGAUACAAGCUGCUCGGGAGAAGGCGGAGCGAGAAAGGAGGAGGGAGGAAAGAGAGAGGCUCGCCGAAGAACGCACUCGACAAGCCGCCAGAAGAGCACGCGAAGAACAAGAGCAGGCAGCCAAAGAGCGGAUACGCAAACAGAAGGAAAAGGAAGCAGCAAUAAGAUCGGAAGAAGCCGCAACGAGGAUCAGGAUCGAGCAGGAACGAGCUGCGCAGGAGCGACUGAAGAGUAUCCUGAUCGAGGAGAGGCAGGAAGAUGCCCGCCGCACCUGGGCAGACAUGAGAGAAGCAGCAGAGCGUCGUCGACAAGCCGAUUCCGGUGCCCAGCCGCUGGCGCCUCCUGGGUCUCCCUAUGAUUCUGCAUGUGCUCAUCCAUGCUUCGGCUGGCCAAAGAAGAAGGGCAGAGCCACCUGUGUGUUCUGCGGAGAGAUCCGUAGAAAAUGGCUGCAUCGUUGCCCCGACUGCAAGGCAUUGGCCUGCCCAAGCUGCAUGCUUCUUGUCUCCCCCUAGCUGGGCUUCAGGACAUCUCGACUCGCGCGUCACAGUAACCGGCAAGUAGAGCGGCUGUAAGGAUCGACGGGAAAGAGAACCUGCAAGUCAAGCGUGGAAGAGAACAACAAGAGGGGACGUAUAUCGAUAGAUGGGAUGGAAUUGGUGGAGCUGUUGCUCGCUGCUAGCUGGUGUGUAUUCAUACACAAUUCCCAACCCCGAGCCUUUUUAAUACAAAGUUUAGUAAAUAAAUUAAACAGCAGCUCGUCAUUGACCAGGUGGCAUCCAUUCCCGGGCUACAACGACAGGCCGGUAACUGCAAGGCGGGCCACAAGGCUGCAUACCUUAGGCACCGUAUUGUAAAG